AUGUCGAUAGCUACUUCUAUCGGUUAUUGCACUCUCUUUCUCUGUCUUUUCAUGCAUUCAUUUUCAUAUGCUAAUGUUCAUGCAACUUCAUCAUCAUCAUCAUCAUCAGAUGAACUUUGUGACCUAACUCCUCAUUCAGCAUUCUGUCGUUCUCAAGAACCUUCAAACAAGCCCACCAACAUCCACGAUUUCGGGAGGUCAACCGUUCAAAAAGCCUUAACAGCAUCCAUCGCAUUGCGCAACUCAAUCAAUCGUUACUUGAAUUCGGCAAUCUCCUCCAAAACCAUAACUUUUGCCCUCCAAGAUUGCCAAUACCUCCUCAACAAAAAUGUCGACUUGCUAUCGAGCAUUGCUCAAACUCUCAAGGACAAAGAUAUCCUUGAGAUGCCACAAUACAAGGAUUUAGAAACACAGUUCAGCGCAACCAUAACCGGUAAACAGACUUGUAUCGAAGGCCUAAUCUUCGCGGCUUCAUCGUCAUCUUCCAUUGUGAAAGACAUUUCACCUCCCCUUUCUAAUGGCUCCAUGCUUUGUAGCAUUUCUCUUGCAUUCUUCAAGCAUGGAUGGGCCCCUCCGGGUACCAAAUCCAGGUCACUUGAAGAAUCAUUCCCUCUUUCCUCGUCGUCAUCUUUCCACAGGAAGCUUCUGCAACUAAACGGUGUUAAAAUUAUCAAAAGGGUAACAGUGAAUCCUGAUGGAAGUGGUAAUUACACAACCAUUAGUGAUGCAGUUGCUGCAGCACCAACCAAUAUUCAAUAUGGGCAAGGAUAUUACUUGAUUCGGGUUGCUGCCGGAGUAUAUCAAGAGUAUGUCACCGUUGAUACCAACAAGAUGUAUUUGAUGAUGGUUGGUGAUGGAAUCAACAAAACCAUCAUCACUGGGAAUCACAGUGUUGAUGAUGGAUGGACAACUUUCAACUCUGCCACAUUUGUUACAAAUGGACAAGGCUUCAUAGGAGUGGGUCUCACAAUCCGCAACACAGCGGGAGCCAUAAAACACCAAGCCGUAGCCCUUAGAAACGACGCCGAUUUUUCUGUAUUUUAUCAAUGCAGUUUCGAAGGGUAUCAGGACACACUGUACACCCACGCAAUGAGGCAGUUCUACAGGGAAUGUGACGUUUAUGGUACCAUAGAUUACAUAUUUGGAAAUGCAGCUGUGGUUUUACAACAUUGUAACAUAUACUCAAGACUCCCACUUAAAGGCCAAUUCAACACGGUUACUGCCCAAGGCAAAACCGACAUAAACCAAAACACCGGCACCACGAUUCAUGAUUGUAACAUCAAGGCCUCGCCUGACUUGGCGUCGAACAACGCUUACGCGGUACAAACGUAUCUGGGCCGGCCUUGGAAAACGUAUGCCACAACUAUUGUUAUGGAAUCGUACCUGGAUAACCUGAUUAAUCCUGCGGGUUGGUCCAUCUGGACCGGUAAUCAGUCGUUGGAUACGUGUUAUUAUGCCGAGUAUAACAACACGGGUCCUGGAUCGAGUACCGCGAAUCGGGUUACUUGGCUCGGGUAUCAUCCCAUCACUGAUGGAGCUAAUGUUCUUAAUGUCACGGUCUCUGCUCUCGCAUUUGGAGACUUUUGGUUGCCCUCUACAACGGUUCCUUAUACCAGCAACUUACUGUAUUAUCCUUAAAAAAAAUCCCUUUCAUCCAUAAUGCAUAUAAUGGCAUUUUUCUUUCUUUUUAACUUUUUUUGUUGUUGUUGUUGUUUGUUUCGAUGACAUUCUUAAAGGACUGAGAUUGUUGAAAUGGUUCUUUUGUAACUUUAUUAGUGAUGAUUGAUUAAUGCAAG